AUGAAUUUAGAGAAGUCACAGUUAGUACCGAGUCAGAGGAUUCCAUAUUUGGGGAUGAUUCUGGACUCACAAGCUUUUCGGGUUUUUUUCUCUCCGAGGAGAAUAGCCUCUCUCCUUGCGGCUGUACGGAAGCUUUUAAACCGCUUGUCCUGCACGGCUCUGGAGUGGAUGAGCCUGUUAGGGACUCUCGCUUCGGUGGAGACCUUUAUUACUCUUGGUCGUCUUCACAUGAGGACGCUACAAUUCUACCUAAAGGCCAGUUGGGACCGGAAAAUUCAACCGGAUUCGACUGUUAUUCCGAUCUCCGAGGAAAUCGAGGAAGAUCUUCGUUGGUGGUUGUCGGAGGAAAGAGCUCAGGAUGGUUUGUCCCUCAUAAGAGCGAACCCAGAGCUAGAAUUUUAUGCCAACACAUCGGACUCAGGAUGGGGAGCCCUGUUGGGGAAAGAGAAGACAUCAGGCAUCUGGACAGAACAGGAGAGAGGUCUUCAUAUCAACAUAAAGAAGCUGAAAGCAAUUUUUCUUGGGCUUCAAAGUUUCACCCCUCUAGUUGAAGGGAAGAAAGUUGCGGUGUUCUCGGACAACACCACAGCACUGUCAUAUAUAAGGAAACAGGGAGGGACACAUUCGUUCUCCCUGUACAGAAUGACGGAGCAUCUUCUUCUGUGGGCGAAUUCUCACAAAGUGACUCUCUUCCCCAGGUACGUGCAAGGGAAGCUCAACGUUUUAGCAGACGAACUCAGUCGUGCACAUCCGGUUCUUCCGACAGAGUGGAUAUUGGAUAUCAGAGUUUGUAAGGAUCUAUGGCGGUUGUGGGGACAACCAACGAUAGACCUCUUUGCAACGUCCAGGAACAACAGGCUUCCACUUUUCUGUUCUCCGGUUCCAGACCCGUUAGCCUGGAAAACGGAUGCAAUGCUUCUCGACUGGUCAGGUCUGAAUGUUUACGCACUUCCACCAUUUGCGAUGAUCAGAGAGGUAUUAAACAAGUUCCAGAGUCACCAGAACGUUACAAUGACUCUAAUAGCUCCUUUUUGGCCCAGAAAGGAGUGGUUCCUGGAUCUCCUGAGGAUGUUAGUAGACUUCCCCAGGCUUCUGCCACAAAUUCCAUCGCUACUCAAACAGCCCCAUUUCGACAGAAAUCACCAAGGGUUGUCGUAUCUCGCUCUGACAGGAUUCAGACUGUCCGGGACAGGUUUUUCAAGAAGAGCGGCAGAGGCUAUUGCUAACUGUAGAAGAGUCUCUUCGGCCAAACUCUAUCAGUCAAAAUGGGGAGUUUUUAGAAAUUGGUGCAGAGAAAGUCACACAACUUCUUCUAAAACCUCUAUACAAGAGAUAGCAAACUUCCUAAUAUAUCUGAGAGACGUUAGGAAGUUAUCGACUUUGACAAUUAAAGGAUACAGAUCCAUGUUGGCGUCAGUUUUUUAA